CCGGCCGCCAGUCAGUACACGUACCCGGCCGCGUUUGCUCGUCUCUACUGCAUGUCACGCCCGGCCGUACAACACACUUGACAGUAGUUCAACGGGUCCGUUCAACGGCGAAUCGAGUUCAACGUGGUCGUAUGACCGUAUACGGUGUGGCCGUUUCGUACUGGUGUUCGCGUGUGAUAGCCUAUUACGAUGCGCCGCCUAAGGUUCUGACGGCGUGGACACUUAUCCAUGUAUAAAAAUAUUAUUGACUAGAAAAUAAUAGCAACUAUUAUUAUUAUUAUUAUUGCCGCCACCGAUCGAGUAAUUAUCGUAUCGCUCUGAUCAGCUAAUACGGGACAAGUGUAAUUUAUCAUUGUAAUUAUUUUUUAAAAAACCAACCAAGAUGACCACCAACGGCUUCAUCAUCGGUGACGGCUCCUGGAACCUGCAGAUAUACGUUUCCGACUUGCAGGUGGAACGCACCCUCAGGGUCAAGGGAGACUUGCACAUCGGAGGCGUCAUGCUCAGGCUCGUCGAAGAUUUGGAUAUCGCCAUGGAUUGGUCGGACCACGCGCUUUGGUGGCCUACUCGCAAUUCUUGGCUGACCAGAACUCGGUCGACGUUGGAUCAAUACGGAGUGCAGGCCGAUGCUAAAUUGCAAUUUACCAGAAUGCACAAGACCGCCCGAAUCCAGUUGCCGGACCUCCGUUACAUCGACAUGCGAGUAGACUUCUCUAUCAAGACUUUCAACGCUGUCAUACAGUUGUGCAAAGAACUCAACAUCAGACAUCCGGAAGAACUUUCGCUUUGUAAACCGUUGGAAGCUCAACACCUGAAGCACAACAUGAAAGAAAUGCAUUACAAUGGUUCUGGUGGUCAAACUCCGUCUGCCGACACCAAUUCGUUUAUUGUCAACAGUCACAGUCCUUCGGGUUCUACAGGCAGUCUGGACAUGUCUUCUUCGCCGUUUAUCUGCGCUCCAUUGAAACACCAUUCGACUCCAGUCAGUUCGCCUGUGUCGCAAAACGGCACAUGGAAGAAAGGUUACAGCAAGACCGAGAUGAACGGCAAUGUGACUUCAUUAGAGUUGUUAAACGGAUCGCUAGACACGUCACUGGCAAACAGUCCGACACCGAACAAUGAUACACGGAACAAAGUUUUGCGACCCAAGUCAUUGGUGGAGAAAGCCAGAAUGAAUGUAGCGUGGUUGGAUUCUUCAUUGUCGAUAAUGGAACAAGGCAUCAGGGAAUACGAUACGUUGAAGUUGCGAUUCAAAUUCUAUUCGUUUUACGAUUUGAAUCCCAGAUUAGAUUUGGUGCGGAUCAAUCAGAUAUAUGAACAAGCCAAAUGGUCUUUGCUCAGCGGAGAAAUAGAUUGCACAGAAGAGGAAGCGCUCAUGUUUGCUGCGUUACAGUUACAAAUCAAUUUGAAAGCCGGCUUACCUCAACCUUUAAUGGAACCCGUUGGCGGCGAGGACGAUAUAGACGCCGCGUUAUCGGAUCUACAGAUUACCUUAGAAGGAUUCCAACCACCCACGAGUAUCAAUAAUUUGAACUAUGCACCUGAACUGUCGGAUUACUUGAGAUUUUUAAAACCCAAGAAAUUCACUCUUAGAGCUUUCAAACGGUAUUGGUUUACAUGCCGCGAUCUUCAUCUGAGGAUGUACAAAUCAGCUGAAGAUGCUCGGAUCGGCGCUCCACCAGUGCACAGUGUCAGCUUGAAGGGAUGCGAAGUCACGCCUGACGUUAACAUUUCCCAAAAUAAGUUCGGCAUCAAACUGGAAGUGCCAAGCUCAGACGGCAUGACCGAAAUGUGCAUCAGAUGCGAAAGCGAGGAACAAUACGCCAAGUGGAUGGCCGCUUGUAGGCUGGCGGCCAAAGGGCGUUCGCUGUCAGACAGCACUUACGAGUCUGAAGUUAAAUCCAUCAAAGCCUUCUUGGAGAUGCAACAUCCGUCAGUCAUUCAGUCACCAGUUAUCAGUCCGUCCUCUUUGGAUAUCAACACUGAAGACUAUGUGCCCCACAGGUACAGCAGAAAGCUGAAGGGAAAAUUCGCCCAGCGAAUUUUGGAAGCCCACUCCAACGUAAAGGACCUGACUCUGAUGGAAGCCAAGAUGAACUACAUCAAGGCGUGGCAGUCGUUACCCGAGUAUGGCAUCUCGUUGUUUGUUGUUAAGUUCAUGGGACAUAAGAAGGAAGAGUUGCUGGGGAUUGCAUACAACCGACUCAUGCGCAUGGACAUAUCUACCGGUGAUCAUAUAAAAACAUGGAGGUACAACACCAUGAAGGCGUGGAAUAUCAACUGGGAAGUGAAACAUAUGAUGGUGCAGUUCGAAGAGGGCAACAUAAUAUUCGCGUGCCAGUCAGCCGACUGCAAAGUUAUACACGAGUUCAUAGGCGGUUACAUAUUCUUGUCGAUGCGAUCCAAAGAAGUGAACCAGACGCUCAACGAGGAGUUGUUCCACAAAUUGACCGGCGGAUGGUCGUAAGCCUGUCUUAGACACAUUCUGUCUGUGCCCUCUCCCAAAAUUGUGUAGCCGAGUAGCACUAAAGUGUCUUAUAUUAAUAUUUUUACGCCCACGAGCACCACCGUUGCGUUGGUUCCGUUACCGUUAUUACAAUGUUUGUGUCGUGUUUCACCUUAACCGUUUUUAACAUUAUUUAAUAUAAUAUAUUAUAUAAUAUUAGCGUCUGUUUGUUGAAUGUUUUUUUUUUGUUAAGUCUAUAAUCGUAAAGAGCGACGACAAACACGACCGUAAAUAAAAUACAACACAUAUGCGUGUUUGCCGGCGCUUUGUUUAUUUAUAAAAACAUUUAAUAAUUUGCGUUUUUAUAACGAAAUUAAGUUUUUUUUUGUUAUCGUUAUUAGUGUAUAAUAAUAUUAUAAAAGUAUUAAAAAUUCAUAAUAUUCGUAAGUAGUUAACGUGUUUUAGUAUUGUCCAUUGAUAAACUGCUAGUAGGUAUUGUUAUUAUUAUAUUAGGUACCUGUUCGAGUUAUUUGUAUUAUAAUUAUUUUAAUACUUAAUACUAUUGUUAAGUAUUAAGUCAUUAUGUUUGCGUAGAUUCGGUAAUCAAUUGUUGCAGUAAGCGUAGAAAUCAAUCAAAACAUUAUUCCCAUCGUCAUCUACUUUUCUCUAUUAUUAUUUAUUGUUGUACAAAACGUAAUGACAAAAAUGUUUGACUCGGUGGGAGAGCGAAUUUUUUUAUGUUGUAAUGAAAAUUGCUUAAUAACAUUUUUUAACCAUUGUGUUUGAACAAAUAGUUUUAAAAGAAACAAAAAAAUUGUAAUAAUAGUGUAUUUAAUUUUUUUUCGCUAUCUAUUAAAUAAUAUUUUACAUAAAUCGCAACUAAAAAUAAUGUUUUAUCAAUUCACAUUUCACACUAGUUUUAACGAUCACUCAGUAGAAUGAUCACAUUAUAGAAUAUAUGAAUAUAUUAUAUGUAUAAUAGUAAUAAUAAUACUAUCAAUUGUGGGCAAUCAUAAAUUGUUACUGUAAUGAAAAUUAUGUGUUGUCAUAAUAUUAUAUUUUUUAUUUAACGACAAAGGUUUAAGGACUGCACACAAUUACUAUUAUAUGAGUUAUGUUGUCUUUUGCUUGUCUCUAGUUUUAUUAAUAACUAUAUAUUUAUAAAUAUGAUAGUUAAUGGAUAUAAUUCAUAGCAUUAAAAACGGUGCUUCAUACCAAAACCCUCUAUAUAACAAUGUUAUAACAUAUUAUUAUUAUUGUAACUUAAUAAAAAAUUAUUGUUGUUGUCCUAAUUUGUUUUAAUUUGUGAAUUUUUUUUUGUGUAUAUAGGCUAUAUUAUUAUAUUUUAUAAUAUCAUGUUGUAAACUUCUAUUAAAAAAAAAAAAAAAACAAA